GAGAGAGAACACAACCCUAAAAUAUUUGGCCUCUUCCCCUCCAGUUAAGUUUCUGGUGUCACUUAGGAAACGUCCCUCUUGCAGAGCAGCAGUCUUGUGUGCUCUGGGAAGAGGGUGCGUGGGCUGCAGCUCUCUCCUGCAGACUCCCCACAGUCCCAGGCUCCCGUCCUGCCAGGGGACACAGAUUGUCCCUUCUCCCAGCACCCAGCCCUCCCUGGGGCACCCUGGCCUUGCUGACCCUCUGCUAACUCAGUCCUUUGUUGCUUUCUGGUUCUGUCUUGGACGCGCCUCGCCUGACAGGAGAGGGGUUUGAAGGAGGGACGAUGCCGGGGCUGCGCCUGCUGUGCUGGGCGCUGCUCCUGGGCCUGGUGAGAGGCUGUCCUGAGCCCUGUGACUGCGGCGAGAAGUAUGGCUUCCAGAUCGCAGACUGCGCCUACCGAGACCUGGAGGCUGUGCCGCCUGGCUUCCCAGCCAACGUGACCACACUGAGCCUAUCGGCCAACCGGCUGCCAGGGCUCCCCGAGGGUGCCUUCGGGGAGGUGCCGCUGCUGCAGUCGCUGUGGCUGGCACACAAUGAGAUCCGCAAGGUGGCCGUGGGUGCCCUGGCCCCACUGGGCCACCUCAAGAGCCUGGACCUCAGCCACAACCUCAUAUCAGACUUCGCCUGGAGCGACCUGCACAACCUCAGCGCCCUACAGCUGCUCAAGAUGGAUAGUAAUGAGCUGACCUUCAUCCCACGCGAUGCUUUCCGAAGCCUGAGCGCCCUGCGCUCCCUGCAGCUCAACCACAACCGCCUGCACACACUGGCUGAGGGCACCUUCACACCACUCACUGCGCUGUCCCACCUGCAGAUCAAUGACAACCCCUUUGACUGCAACUGUGGCCUCGUGUGGCUCAAGACAUGGGCGCUGGCCACAGCUGUAUCCAUCCCGGAGCAGGACAAUGUGGCCUGCACCUCGCCCCACGUGCUCAAGGGCACCCCACUGAGCCGCCUGCCACCUCUCCCCUGCUCAGCACCCUCCGUGCAGCUCAGCUACCAGCCCAGCCAGGAUGGUGCUGAGCUGCGGCCCGGCUUCGUGCUGGCGCUGCACUGCGACGUGGAUGGGCAGCCGGCCCCACAGCUGCACUGGCACAUCCAGACCCCUGGUGGCACUGUGGAGAUCGCCAGCCCUAAUGUGGGCACUGAUGGCCGUGUCCUGCCCGGAGCCCCAGCGGUACCUGGUGGCCGGCCACGCUUCCAGGCCUUCGCCAAUGGCAGCCUGCUCAUCCCCGACUUUGGCAAGCUGGAAGAGGGCACCUACAGCUGCCUGGCCACCAACGAGCUGGGCGGUGCCGAGAGCUCAGUGAACGUGGCGCUGGCCACCACAGGUGAGGGUGGCGAGGAUGCACUGGGGCGCAGGUUCCACGGCAAGGCGGUGGAGGGCAAGGGCUGCUACACAGUUGACAACGAAGUACAACCGUCCGGGCCUGAGGACAAUGUGGUCAUCAUUUACCUCAGCCGUGCUGGGAACCCCGAGGCGGCCGUGGUGGGAAAUGGGGUUGCAGAGCAGUGGUGCCCCGGCCUGGUCCUGGUGCUAGCCCAGAGCCUGCUCCUCCUCAGCACCCCCUUCUAGCCGAGCUCCAGCCUGGCCUGAGGCUGGCCCUGAUCCUGCCUCUUUCACGUAAGUGCCAGGGACUCUGAAUUGGUGACUUCACAUUUUCCUACCUCCCUUCUAAUCUCUUCCGGGCACCCAAUGCCCCAGCUCCUAAACCUGCUCAAAAUGAGGGGCCAGUGGGGAGCUGGGUCCCAGCACCAACUUGGGGCCCAUUGCUGCUAACAGAGUCACCCAUGGCCCCAGCAGGGCCAGCAUGCUCGGGGUGAUGCCAUGCCACUGGGGGCCUGGUUGCUGUGACUGACAGUGGGGGCCAUGCGGUGGGGGUUGGGCUACCGGGGCAGAGUGGGGAGCCGGGAAAGGGAGCCGAGGAAGGUGGGGAGGGGCUGGGGUGUGGCUCUGCAGCCCCUGUGCUCCUCUGCUGGCUGGUGUUCUCCACACCACCGGCUCCAGAGUUCCUCUGCCUCCUCCCAGACAGGCCUGGCCUCCCUCUCCUCCUUUCUCCCUCCUAGCCUAUGCCGUCUGCCCAGGACACCCGCCCGCCCUUUCUUCCCUCCAGUUUGCAUUUGCAGCACGGCCUGCAAAGGGGCCACCUGGGAUGGAAAAGAAUAAACUGCAUUUCUCAUGCUC